UCAGAGCCCCAGCCCUGCCCUCACCUCCUUCACCCAGCCUUGGCAGAGGCCCAUGGCCCCCUGCCAGCCUGAUGGAGGUGGAUGUGGCAGCCACCGCUGCGGUAAGGGUGAGAAGGGUGGGUUCUAGGGGACUCCUCCAAGCUCCUGAACCCUUUUCCUUCCCUUCAAGGAGAUGUGAAAGCCCCAGCCUGGUCCCCAUCCCACAGCCUAGGGCUUUGGCUCCCAUAGUCCCAAUCUAGGCAGGGCUGGCAGCAGGUGACUGGAUGGUGCUGAGAAGGGCAGGCAGAAUGGGGGCGUGGGCCCCGGCAAGUGCACUCCUCAGCCAAUCGGCGUCCUGCCCGGCUGGUGGAUUCGGUUACAAGCCCAAGAUCACCCCAUACUCCAGCCUCUUUCCUCCUCCUCCCGCAGCUCCAUUCAUUGGUCCUGCCGCACCGGGCCUGCUGGGCUCCGCUUCCGUUCCACUGCUCAGCUGCCGCCUCGUGGGGCCACCAAGGGCAGGCAUCCCAGGGGCUUUGUCUGACUGGACUGGGCCAGUGCAGAAUGGGGGUUCAGGCAGGGCUGUUUGGGAUGCUGGGCUUCCUGGGGGUGGUCCUGGGGGGCUCCCCUGCCCUCCGCUGGUACAGGACCUCCUGCCACUUGACCAAGCCCGUCCCUGGCAACCCACUGGGGUACCUGAGCUUCCUGGCCAAGGAUGCUCAGGGACUGGCCCUGAUCCAUGCCCGCUGGGAUGCGCAUAGGAGGCUGCAGGCAUGUAGCUGGGAGGAUGAGCCGGAGCUCACCGCAGCCUACGGUGCUCUCUGUGCUCAUGAGACUGUCCGGGGCUCCUUCAUCCACAUCCCCGGACCCGAGCUGCAGAGAGCACUGGCCACUCUUCAGAGUCAGUGGGAGGCAUGCCGAGCACCUGAGGAGAGUCUAGCAGGGGCCAGGAAGAAGCGAGCAGCAGGGCAGAGUGGAGUCCCUGGUGGAGGGCACCAGCGAGAGAAGAGAGGAUGGACCAUGCCUGGCACACUGUGGUGUGGAGUUGGAGAUUCUGCUGGGAACUCCUCGGAGCUGGGGGUCUUCCAGGGACCUGAUCUCUGUUGCCGGGAACAUGACCGCUGCCCACAGAACAUCUCACCCUUGCAGUACAACUAUGGCAUCCGAAACUACCGAUUCCACACCAUCUCCCACUGUGACUGUGACACCAGGUUUCAGCAAUGCCUACAGAAUCAGCAUGACUCCAUCUCGGACAUCGUGGGCGUGGCCUUCUUCAACGUGCUGGAGAUCCCCUGCUUUGUGCUGGAGGAGCAGGAGGCGUGUGUGGCGUGGUACUGGUGGGGCGGGUGUAGGAUGUAUGGCACAGUGCCCCUCGCUCGCCUUCAGCCCAGGACCUUCUACAAUGCCUCCUGGAGCUCCCGGGCCACCUCCCCAACUCCCAGCUCCCGGAGCCCAGCCCCUCCCAAGCCUCGACAGAAGCAGCACCUUCGGAAGGGGCCACCACAGCAGAAAGGGUCCAAGCGCCCCAGCAAAGCCAACACCACAGCCCUCCAGGACCCUAAGGUCUCUCCCAGGCUUGAUGUGGCCCCCACAGGCCUCCAGGGCCCACAGGGUGGCCUAAAACCUCAGGGUGCCCGCUGGGUCUGCCGCAGCUUCCGCCGCCACCUGGACCAGUGUGAGCACCAGAUUGGGCCCCAGGAAAUCAAGUUCCAGCUGCUCAACAGCGCCCAAGAGCCCCUCUUCCACUGCAACUGCACGCGCCGUCUGGCACACUUCCUGAGGCUCCACAGCCCACCCGAGGUUACCAACAUGCUUUGGGAGCUGCUGGGCACAACCUGCUUCAAGCUGGCCCCUCCACUGGACUGUGUGGAAGGCAAAGACUGUUCCAGAGACCCUAGGGCCAUCAAGAUGUCAGCCCGCCACUUGCGGAGGCUUCAGCAGAGGCGACACCAGCUCCAGGAUAAAGGCACAGACGAGAGGCAGCCAUGGCCUUCAGAGCCCCUGAGAGGCCCCAUGUCAUUCUACAACCAGUGCCUGCAGCUAACCCAGGCAGCCAGGAGACCCGACGGGCAGCAGAAGUCCUGGAGCCAGCGACCUCAGUUUCAGCUUUCCUGGGCACCAGCCUGGACCUUGCCCAUGGCUUUGCCAAGCCUUGGGAAUCUCAGCCUCCCCUCCAUUGGUUAGACUGAAGCAUGGCAGAGGCUGUUGUGGACAAUCAAGAGGAUGAAUGGGGGGAUCUCAAGGCCCAAAUGCUGGACCACGUCUCCUGCUGUUCUGGGUAACCUUGAGCUAUGUAUGACACAACUCUUCUAUGCCUGGAUGUGGUGUUCAGGAAGCUCAUUCUGAUGCCCUGGGCUUUGGCCUUGCCAGGGAACUUCACACACAGAUGAGAAUGGGGAAAGGGUAACUUAUUGCAGCAGCCCCAGGCAGUACCAGGAGGAGGUACAUGUAUGUCCGUGUUGCAAAAAUAAUACAUGCCUCAAAAACCUGCCUAGGGGAGCCCUAGUGCCUGGGUGCUGUGGCCUAGGGUAGCAGGUGGGAAGUUAGGGAUGUCACAGAAAUGUCUGUGUCUGAAUCCAGGAUUGGGGUGGGUGUUGGAGAGGGCUUUCAGCUCCCCUCCUCCCAGGGGGGCCUCUUUUUUUUAACAGCUGCUGUGCCCUUCCUGGCCUAGCCCUAAACCUAAAUUCAAAUCUCCUCCAUGCCUUUGCGCAAAGGACCUCCCUCUUGCACUCUAAGCCUUAGUUUCCUCCUCUGAAAAAAGGGGGUCUCUAAACAGGAGCUACCUCAUAGGGUUGUUGAGGAUUAAGUGAACCAAUACAUAUACAGUGCUUGGCACUUAAUAAGUAUUCCCCCCUGCGACACCUAGCUGAACUAUGGUUUGGUGUCUGAUCUUGAGAGGUUGAUAUAACCUUUUAAAGGCCUCAGUUUGCUCACCUGUGAAAUGGGUCUAAGAAUAGCACUGAUCUCACAGGGUUGUGAUGCAGAUUAAAGGAGAUGGCAUGUGUAAUGUA